AUGUCCAUGUGGGACAACCCCGCUUUUGAGCACAACCCCCUGACGCGCUACUGGAAGCGAAUGAUGAGGCAAACGGGCGAGACACUCACUUCUCAGAGCAUUCCACGCCACAUCCACGGCUACCUUGAGGCGUCUUGCCCCCGGACCGAAGGCCUGGUGCGGUGGUUCCCAUACAAGCGAGAAAUAACGGUUGACGGACGCUACGUUCCGACCAUCAGUGACGCCAUUUAUACGUACUACUUUCCUCGUGAACUGAAUGAUGAUGAGCGUGUCAAGUACGUUUCCAUCAAAACCGGCCGCUCCGAGUUGGAGGUGGCUGAGGAACUAUUUCUCAUGCGCAAGAUGAAAUUGUUUGUUGCCCAGUUACUGCGUAACAAGCUGCGAAAUAGGCCUUUGCGUAUGCCCGAGGGGGUGGAUUACUCUGGUAUAGAGCGACGUUACACGCUCGGUAUCGCAAAGGUGGCGCAGGCAAUGGGGAUGAGCAUGUACAGCACACAAUCGUAUGAUCCCGCUAUUGUGUACUCCCCUUAUUGCGAUUUUGGGGACUGUAUUGACUGCAUUUGUACAAAGCAGCUACGCACGGCGACACAGUACUUGCUGUGUGAGGUGGCUGUACACCGUGGCAUCGCACGUAGUCGCCUGACUGACGUCACGGGCGAACCCAAAGAGCCCCUAUCGCACCUUGAGCCCUGUUUAUUCGAGUUUCUCAAGCUACGUUUGGCCAUCCUGGCGUUGGUGGCAAAACAAGAGCACUACGUGGUGGACCACCAGUUCGAUGGGGGCCAUCGCUACGGCGGCUGCCUCAUUCACCUCUUUCCCUCACCACUCGACCCCGAACUCAUUGACCACGAGGUGCAGCACAUCGAGCUGGACCUUGACCUCGCGCAGAGGUGGAUGAAGCACUACUACGAUCACCAUGUGGCACCCAGACGAUCGGGUUCCUCUUAG